CAUUCCAAUGAUAGAAACGAGACGGUUACAAUCUUAUAGCCCAAACAAGUCAUUUAUCGGCCUAAUUUUGUGACCAGAAGUUUGAAUCAUCUGAGAAAUUAUUGAAUUUCAAUUAUUUUACUCACGACUGUACUCUAUGGAUGUUAUCGAAUAUCCUGUCUCGAUUAGAGAACAUGGUGGAAUAAUUGUAAGACAGGUGGUGGAAGAAGCUGAAAUUUCUAAUUUAUAUCAUAUAUUUAAAAUCCAUAUCUGAGUAAAAUGAAUGGUGAAGUGGAAUUUCACAUUCGACAAAAUUAUCAAUGGGUAAAACUACCGGUGACUGUCAAACAGAGUUUAGGUAAUUCACAAAAGGAGUACGAAAAAUGUAUUGUGAACUUCAGCAUAAAGAAUCAGCUGCGAUACCGUGGAAAUCUUGUAAGAUUUGUUCGCAAGGAUGAACGGCGAUACUAUGAAGACCUACUGAGUUACAGCAGAGAAAAUCUUAUGUUGUAUCCUUACCACUUAUCUGAUGUGGUGGUUAAGGGUCUUCGUGUGACACCAUUUCAGUAUUAUAUCUCGAUGAUGGAGAAUAUAAUGGAGCAGGAGAAAAGCUAUGACUCACUGCCAAACUUUACCGCUGCCGAUUGUCUGAGGUUGUUGGAUAUUGGUCGCAAUGAAUAUAUAGACUUAAUGAAUCAGUGUCGCUCUGGUCGCAAACUCUUUCGGCGAAAGAAUGUGAGGGACCUCCUCCCACCAAAGCCAGCAGGGAUUAAUGUAGAACCUUGGUGGAAUGUUGAAGUGGGAUGUGUAAUCGAGGAAGAUAUCAAGCUGAUUUCUCAAUCAGAAAAAGAAUUAAUUGAUAGAAUUAUUGAUCAUGGAUGUCAGAAAGCUGGUGAUCUGGAUUACAACUUGGUUCACAGUUUGUACAAGAAAGGUCUUAUCUACCUAGAUGUACCGAUAGAGGAUGAUGACUACAUAGUACUACCACCAUUAGAAGGCUUUGUUAUGAAUCGAGUUCUAGGUGACUACUUUGAGACAUUGCUGUACAAGAUUUUUGUGUCCAUUGAUGAACACACGUCUGUGGGUGAGUUGGCAAAUGUACUCCAAAUCGAUGCUCAGGCUGUAAAGAAUGCAGUGUCCUUGUACUGCCGACUUGGCUUUGCUCGCAAAAAAAGCCAUGAUUCUGAAUGUGCAGACCUUAAUCCCACGUGGAGGAAUGUAUUAAAUCCUGCAAGGAAUAGAGCAAUGUCUACAACAGAAGAACCACUGUUACUGGAGUUAAACUCUGCAUUGAUUGAAGCUGGAAUUACACCACCAGAAGAAAUUUCAAGUGGUACAGAAGAAGUCGAACCCACCUUCCUGUCCAGCCAACCACGCAGUAGGCGAAUAGCUUUCUUAUUUGAUUCGACUCUUACAGCAUUUCUUAUGAUGGGCAACUUGUCUCCUGGAUUGAAAAAUCAUGCUGUAACAAUGUUUGAAGUUGGAAAGUUAUCAGAUGAAUCUUUAGACAGCUUUUUGGCUGAACUGGAGAAGAUCUCGACUGCUGACAGUGAAGGAGAGGCGCAGCGUUACUUUGACCAUGCACUUAUUCUUCGUUCCACAAUCUUAUUCCUGCGUCAUAAUCGUGCCAUGGGAGAAGAUCUUAACCUGGCACUUGAUUUGAUUCGCUGUGAGAGUCUUCAGUCACUCGAUCCUGCCACGUGCUCUCGGCUGCUCAACAAGAACUACAUGUUACUGGUAUCGAUGGCUCCCCUCAGUAAAGAGAUCCGGCCAAUUAGCAGUUGCAUGCCUCCACAUCUAGGUCCAGCUGUGCCUGAAGUGAACACUGUUUGGUUCAAACUCUUUAUCUACCAUCUUACUGGCUAUGGCCCACCAUCAUUGUUACUUUCUAAAGGAACCCGAGUGAAGAAACUGCCUCAGAUAUUUCUCAACUAUGACAAGCUUCUGGUCACAACUUGGGGACAUGACCCAGGGGUGCUUCCUGUGUCAAACAUAAUAUUCACGCUCAAUGAUGCACUUUGCCACUCUGCAGUUCUUGUCCAGGCUUAUGGUGUAAAUCGUGGGGCAGAAACAUGUCUAAUUCCAUUCCCUUCAUCUGGGAAGACCCACUGUACAAAAGGUAAUGGCAAGCAGAAAUUAGACUGGAGUUCCCAUCCUGCAGUCCUUAAAUUGUCAGAUAAUAUAGACCUGGUUCACAAUUGUGGAUUUAUCACUAUGGUGAACCUAAACACCACUUGUAAUAAUGGCCUAAACAUUGUUGGUCUGCCUACUGAAGCUAACACAGCAACGUCCACUCAGCAGAAUGAGAGACAAACCAGUCUUGUGGAAGCUUGGGUCGCUGCUAACAGCAGUCCACUUGGUGGUGCCAAAACAUCAAGCAGUCCAGUGAAUGGUUUUACAAGUGAGGAAUGUGCAGAUAUUUUAGAACAAGAACUGGAUAACUUAUGUGGUGAACAGUCCCCUAAAUUGGAACAGCCUCAAUAUGUGCAUAUUGAAAACUCUGAUAAAAGUGAUAGCGAUAGAAAAGCAAAAAUUGAUGCUGAGGUUGGAGCAAGGGAAUCUAAAAUGUUAGGAGUUGAUAGAGGGUUGAAAGCUGAACAGGAUGAAUGGACACUACUAGACUGCUGCUUUGGUGUACCGCUGUUUGAUGCAGAAGCCAACUCACAGAUAUGUGAAGCCAUUGUCUCCACAGAGCUGUGGAGGAGAGAAAGUCUUGAGAAACUUACAACAUCCAGCCGGAGACUUUGCCUUCGGUUGCUGGACUUCAUUGCACGUAACCAGGACCUGCCUGUUCUCCCUGAAGAAGUCGAUGCGACAUCGAGCAAACGUGGAAGUUUUCCAUCAGUAGCCAUGCCAACGAGGUGUUUAAAAUUUAGCGAAGGACAAUUACAACAAUGGAAUGGCAAGUAAAUGCAGUACAUAUUUUGUUAUUUGAAGUACUUAGGUAUGUUAUGAAAACGUAGAUCAGGUCUCCGAGAAUGCCCAGAUAUACAAACCACUUCAUAUCCCUAUUUUAUCAGUGAACAUUUGUAGGCAACUUUUCUUUGGUCACGCUCCAUUCAGAAUGAUGUUUUCACGAGAAUGGAAUGUUUUGUGGCAAAUCCUUCUAUAUCCUUCCACAGUCGUCUUGUUAUGUUCCCAUGCUUUCCCUAAUCUCUUUUGCAUAUCUUCUGUCAUUUAGUUUCUUCAUCUAGGUCUUGGUCUCUCCAGUGCUUUCUUUAUGUGACAGUUUUUCAGUAUGGGUUUUGAGAAAUGGAGAAAGUAACGUUUUAAGAAAAAGUAAGUGUAGUUCUAUAAAUGUGUUAGACCCCAUUAUCAUUAAAUUUUCACUGUUGUGGCAUAUUAAUUUGCAUUUACAGUAAGCAUAGAGGAAAAUCACCUUCAUACACAAUUAUGAGGCUUUGGAGACCUAGAGAUAUACAAAGCUUCAUUCAGAAGUACGUAGAUGAGAUUUUUUUAACACGUCAUAAUUAAGGUAUAGUUGUUUAUAAUUUUAAAAAAUUCAACUGCAAUAUAAAUAUUUUAAAUUUGGUAUAUUAGAUUGUCAUCAGCAAAUAAAACAUAAGAUGAAAAUUUAGACAUUCUCCAAUUUUGACGUAAUCUUUCUUGAGGCAAAAUUCAGUUUCAAGAGACUUGAGCUCAAAACUAAAGAUGUGGCAACUGUGUCUAUAAUGUGGAAAUUCCAAGUACUUACAUUCAUCACGUUUUCACAAAUGUGUGAAAAUAUGAUUGUUGACUGUGCAUAUUGUUUUAAUUGUUAAGACUUGCCUCAGAAAGGUGAUUUUAUCCCUUUAACACAUGAUGGUAACAAUAUGUAGACUUACUUUUAACAGUCAGUAACUCUGUAUUUUGAACACACAUGGAUUUUCUGUUUAUCUCUAUAAUGGAGAUGUGUUGUGUUCUCUUUGGAGUAGGAACUGAAUGUUUAAAUACUAUUCAGACAAACAUAAUGCUUCAUUGGGUUAAAAUGAAAGUUCAAUAAUAUUUACAUUUAGUGGAUCAAGCCCACAUUCCUGCAUUUUUUCAUCUUACAACCAUGUAUUCGAAAUUGCAUUCCAUAAGCUGUGCAUGGAUUAAAAUGAAAUGAAAUUUCAAAAAGCAUUUAAUAUUAAUAGGUAUUUUAUAUGAUUUUAGUCUAAUAGGAGCACACAGGUUUAUACAUAGAAUUGGACAUGUAUUGCUACAAUAGUGUGCUUCAUAAUAAACAACUAGCUAGUCAUUUUAAAUAAUCAAACCAAGACAAAGUACACUAAUUAGAAGUAAAUAUAGUAGUUAUAACAAAGGAUAUAUUCACUUAGGAUUAAACAUUCCUUGAACAUCAAGACAGAAUAUCGUAAUUAUUUUUUUUUUUUUGUCCAUUGAAUUUGUGCUUUGACAUUCUGUAGGGGUAGGUGCUGUUAUUGAAGCAACAUUUUGUUCCCACUGUGUGCACUAGAAUCUCAGGUUCCUGCUUAAAUUGAAGUAUACAUUUUUAAUUCAUUUUAUUUUCUCAGACCUACAGAGAAAUGUCUGUUAUGACUUGUUAAUAUAAAGGAUUAUUGUGAAUUUCUGUUAAUGAACUGCAAAAUCAGCUCAUCCCAAGAAAACAAGCAUCCACAUUUAUCAAUCCCUGUGUGGGUGUGUCUCUUGCUGUUGUGGCAUUAAUUACUUGAGCUCCUCAGUUCCUUCCUUAUCAUACCAUUCUCAUAUCCAAACUGGUUCUCAGCUUCCUGCCCAUCAGAUAUCAGUUUUAACACAGAUAUAACUCCAAAUUCUAGUGAAAACUUAAUAAUUCUUUGAGCGUUGAAUUACAUUUAUUUUUCUGUCUGCUCUGACCAUUCCGUAUCUUACUGGACACUUGACUUGUCAUGGAGACUCAAUUUCAAGUGACUUGAAGUGAGAUCCAUGGUGGAUGAAGUACUGAAACAACAUUUUCUCUGAGUUCUUUAAUUUAUCUCUGCUAAUAUCAUUCCACCAUUGUUCCAUACUCAUAUCACUACCCCACAAUUUGUAUGAUAGCCCUUAUCAGGCAGCACAUUAUUGUAGCAUUGAUCACGAGUUGAAGCUUCAUGUCUGACCUGACACAGAUAGGUCUCAGAUAAAGGCAGUUGAUGAGAAUUCUGUCUUUCUAUUUUUAAUUCAAAGGACAGAAAUGAACAAAAGGUACUAGUACUUGCAGUUAUGUUUUCUGACCAUCAGUGACUUCGGUAUGUUAAAUAUACUCUAAUUUUUCAUCAUUAGAGACUGGUGUAAUGAGCGAUAUGAAUUGGUAAAUAAGUCUCACACUUAUUAUUGGUUGAAAAUUAGUAUUGCCUAGUUAAACAGUUCGAACCAUCAUAAUGUCAAUGGCUUUGCAAGAAUUGUGUGCUGUUUUAUAAAAAUUUAAUAAGACUAGCAGUCGGAUGUGUGUUCCCAAAACAGAGAGCAGGUGAGAGGUCUUGAAAAUUCAUUAUGUCACAUGGUUGUGCAUUCUUAUAACAUUUGUACGUAUUACACGCAAUAAAAACUAGCUGUUGCGCACUGGAUAAAUUGAAUCAUGGCAUACUUAUCAGAAAUUGUCAUUGGCAGAGGACAUGUUAAUGUAAAAUUGCAGUAAAACAUAAAACUAUAUAAAUAUAUUGUGAAACCAUAUAUGCAGUAUGUAAACUGAAGGUUAAAAUCAUUGACAAAAAACCUGGCUAAGAAAACAUAUUUAAAUGGCCAAAAGAAUAUGACUAAUUUAAAAUCAGUGACUCAGAUCAUGGCGUAGUUCAUAGGCAUUUCAUGUGACCAACCGUAAGUAAUGCCCAUUACACAAACAGCUCAAAGAAAAGAUGAAGGAAUUGUAAAUGAAGAUCAGUGGUGCUUGUACCAAAAAAAAGCAUUCUUUACCAGUGAGGUAUCUUCUUGAUUUGUAUCAGGGAAGUACUGGGUUCAGUUCUUGGCUCAGAUAUUGGCCAUCAUGUCUGAGGCUUAUUCUUUAUAGUUGAAAAUAUUUUUGUCCUGCUUUGUAUAAUAAAACUUCUGUUUCAACCAAGCACAUGAAAUAUAAGGUUCCUGAGUUACAAACUUCAGUUAAAUUAAAAGAACAAUGUGCAGAACUUAAAUAUAACAUACAAUAGGAGAACAUAGGAAGGCCAGAAAUACAGUGAUCAGAAAUAUUGCUUUUAAUGGCUGGAGGAAAGAAUUUGAAGAGUCUGAAACUGGAGUGUUCUUGUCAAGGGUGUGUAAUGGUUGUGACUGAGAAUCAUGUACAUGUGGAUAUUCAAGAAUUUACUGUAUUUGGUUAAAUCAUGUUAUAGAUAUAUAUUUAAGACUUGUUUAUUCUUUGUAAUUGAUUCCUAUUAUUUAAUUUAAGUGCUGCUGGAAAGAACAUUGAUAUGCAUAUGUAUAAAUUAAGUUGGUGCUUUGAUUUUCCUGUAAUUUGUACUUCAAAAUGUGAAUGUUUUAAUCAUUAUUUCUGAGGGACUUUGUAAAAUUGAGAAUUGACUGAAUUGGUUGUUAGGGACACUAAACAUUCCUUUUCCUCUGUGGCGGUGUAGUUGCUAAGAUUUAAAAAUGGUACACGUACGGGACCUUGUCUUUAUAUAAUCUGUAUAUACUGUGGUAUCCCAGACUAGGAGGAAGUUUUACAGAAUCUGUAAUUUAAUGUCCAGAAUCUCUCAUUAUAUCUGACAUAGACAUGUAUUUCAUUCCAAGUGUGUGACAAAUUAUGUUGCAUGUACUAUGUAUAUAAUUUAUGCUAGGUCUGUGUGAAAAGAAGGGAAACUAUUAAAAUACAAGGACACUAAUAUGUUGUCCAAUAAUAAAUAUCAGAAAUUGCUAAGCUUUUGUAUAGCAUGUGUUGAUUCUGACAUGUUUCAUUUUAUGUUAGAACAUUAUUGGGUAAUAUUCCAGGUUUUCAUGACUUGUUUAUGUAUUUUUUCCACAAAGUAAAUAAAAUUAACAUAAAUUUAUAAUGGCGAGCUCAUGCCUAUAUGAUCACAUGUUGACACCCAGAACUACUGAAUGGAUUUUCACUAAACUUGGGAAUUGGUUGGAAUCUACACUAAAUUUGUCAGUUGUAUUUAAUUUUAGUUAAUAUUGGUCCAAUGUGACCCCUACUUUAUGUGACAUUCAAAUGCAGUUUUAUUGAGUUUGUCAGAAAGUGCCAUGCAAAAAAAGAAAUAAACUAAAAUAAGCCACAUAACAUACAGACAUUAGUAGAAAGUACAUCCUUUACUUGAAACAAGAAAAUGUUUAAGCAUGGGGUAGCAGAACAUAACUAAUGACAGAAUCUUGCUUAGUUACUUUGCUCAUAAAUUAUUAUUUACCAUUCAGUAUGGUAGUAUACCACUAAAUCAUUAUAUCUUAGAGUUAAAAUCUGGCAGUAGUCUAGUGAUAUGGGGGUGUUAAACCUGGGUUAAGAAAUUACCUCUUAUGGAAUCUAAAUGUUCAUCACUGUUAUCACAAAAUCCCUCCAUUGGACACACAUUUAGCUAUCUAGAUCAAUCCAGUUUGCAUUUUCACAGCUGUUUCUGUACGAUGCAUUUUAACAUUAUGCUGUCGGUAAAAUGGCUGGGUGGCUUGAAUCUGAAUCCUAGCAAUUUACUUAUAAGUUAAUUUAUUAGUGAUUUAAAAGUCUUGAGUUUAUGCUAUAUUAAGUACACGUUAAAUUACCAACAUGUUGCAUAUUGUAAACAUUCGUCGGUAUGUAAUCAUGUAAAUUGGUAUCUUGGUUUUCUGGCAGUAUGGGCCCAGUUGCAUUUACUGUUGUCCUCUAGCAUAACUAGGACAAGCUUUGUCACAACAUUAACUGGACCUAUAAAAGUACAUCCAAGAAAAUAGAAAACUGUUACAUACUUUAUUAGUAACACCUUCAAAUAUAUUCUAACAUAUUUCUCAUGAUAUAAGAUUGACUUUACUAUUGUUAUACUGUAGCUCUAUUUUUAUACUAUUGCUGUAAAGAAUGAAAGGUAUAUAUACUGAUUUAUGUCUGUAAAAUAUUGUAUGAUAUAUAUAAUAUACAAAUUUGUUGAUAUUAUGUACAUAAUUUUUACAUUUUACUAAUCAUUGUAAUAUCAAAAGACAACCAAUAAAAAUGGCUAACCUUCAGCGCUGGGACAAGGUAUGUUUGUGUCCGAGUAGAAAAUUUUAAUGUUACAGGCUGAAAAAACAUGAUGUGAAUUUAAUAACAUUUAUAUACAUGUAUUAUCAGACAUUAAUCAGAGCUUUUUCCUAUUUGCAUUCCCUGUUUUUAAUAUUACGUGUAAAAGUUUGGGUUGCUCAGCUGCUUUAUCCUUGUCCCAGCUCUGCCAAGCUGCCUGUGUAAGUAAAUCA